AGAAGAGCUUGAGAAGCCAACUGAGACCAAUCAAGUUUCAGAACCUCUACUAUCUGAUACCAGCAUCUCCAAGGAUGAACUGUUAUAACCAGAUACUCCCCUACUCUUGAUGGUACACCUCUCCCCAGAAGAGAAGAAAGGGAGGGUGGCCACCUUGAUCCAGCUGAAGCAUCUCCAGGAGGCCUUCUCUGGAUGUCACAUUGAGGCUGCCCUUCUGCCACAACACAGAGCUGGUGAUCCCCAAGCGCGUGGACAUGGCUUCGCUCAGCAACAUCCUAGCGGCCUAUUCCUUUGUCUCAGAAAAUCCUGAGCGAGCAGCUCUGUACUUUGUCUCUGGUGUGUGCAUCGGGCUGGUUUUUACCCUAGCUGCCUUGGUGGUGAGGAUCUCUUGCCACACAGACUGUCGGCAGCAUCCUCAGAAGAAGUUCCUGCAGGACCAAGAAAGCAGCAGCAACAGCAGUGACAGUGAGAAUGGCAGCUCGGACGCGGCAUCAUACAUCUCAGUCAGGAGACAUCGCCGCUUUGAGAGGACUUUGAACAAGAACAUCUUCACCUCAGCGGAGGAGCUGGAGCGCGCCCAGCAGCUAGAGGAGCAGGAACGCAUCAUCAGGGAGAUUUGGAUGAAUGGUCAGCCCGAGGUUCCUUGCACCAGGAGCCUGAACCGCUACUACUAGAGGCAGGAGCUGGAACCCACACCCAGCUGUUGGCCGCCUGGGAGAGGAAGGGUCUGGGCACAAAGUGUUGAACGCAAUUCCGCUAAUGUUAUGGCGGCAGAGAUAAGUACACUCCCAUUUUCUA